AUGAUUGACCGCAGGACAACCGCGGCAUUCCCGCUCAAAAACCGGCCCCGGGCCACACGGGCCAUCGUGACCAAGGUGCGCACAGGGUGUAUUACUUGUAUCCUAGGCAAGAGACGUCAUGUCAAGUGUGAUGAGGCCAAGCCGAGCUGUCAGAGGUGUAUCAAGUGGCGGGGACACUGUGACGGAUACGAGAACGCAAGGGCUGGCCACAGCAAGAAGGCGAAAGGAGAGACACGGCAGUCGACGCCUAUAGAGGGCUCAGGAGGAGACCAGCUCGAGAUCCGUCAAUCGAACAGUUCCACACCAGUCCCGAAAAACAGCAGGAUCCUUGUCAGGCCUCAUGGCGAUAGGCAGACAGAUCUCCCCGCCGUCCCCGUUCGUUCGGAGAGCCAUCGCCGACAGAUGGAAGGAGGCAGCGUAGAGCCGGAGGCCCUUGGGCAAGAAUUCUGGCACGUCAUGGUCCCCUACCUCCUGCGACACAGGGCAUCGAUAUGGUACGCCAAGCUUGCCAUCCACGCCCUCCUGGAUGCCAAGUACGGGCACGACCAGACGGCAGCUUCGUAUAGACGGGCGCUCCGGUAUCACGGCAUAGCCUUGAGUCAGCUCCGAAAAGAGGUGACGAGCCAGGGCACGUUACAGUCGGCAACGGUCUGCUGCCUCUUCUUCGUCAUCUUCGAUCUGAUGAAUGGCGAUCACGGAGCUGCCCAGGCCCACGCCUCCAGCGGGUGCAGGAUGAUGAGCGAGCUCUGCGAAAGCAACGGACCGGAUUUCGAUAUCGGAGACUUGAUGCAGCGAGAGCUCCAGAGGGCCCUCGAGUUUGUGAUGGCGCAGGCCGCUGGAUCGAAUCAGGAUGCGUCGCCACUCGAGGCCCUGAAACGACUCAUCAGACGGUGGCAACCGUGCCAGGGAGGAGAAGAAGAGGAAGAAGCAGCAUCAAUCAGGUCCUGCUGA